CAUCAUCUCGGAUUUGGCUAAAAUCGUGCAAAAUUUUUGCCUUGAACUUAAUCAUAUCGGUCGUUUUCGGGGACUCUGUCAGUGUCCAUUACUAGAAACAAAACAUUUCCUGCUGUGGGCAUCGGGUGAGGUGUCUUUGGUAAAUCAGGCCCACAGUGAGAGCGCCGAUGUUUGCGGGUGAAAAAAAGCGGAGGAACAGAAGUGAAAUUUCUUGCUUGCGGGCUAGGCUAGCAGCGAGAGCUGCUGAUAAAAAACCGUGUCGCGAUUUGACAGAAUUGUUCGAGCAGGGCCCGAAUAAUAUACUAUAGUGCCGGAGAAUGACGUUGGAUGCCAGUGUUCUGCCGUCGGAGCUGGUAACCACCGCCCAACCGCUGGUUGGACUGUCCGGAUUGGAUGUGCAGCGGAAUACUAUCCACAAAACGAUAUGGGAUGCUUUCAACAAUGGCAAGAAACCUGAAAGCGAAUCUAUUCAGUAUAAACUCCUUCCGCCCAACUAUGAGUUUCCUGUAUCGAAACCCAAACAUCAAUCCUACGAAUGGUAUCAUCCUAAAGGUAUCUUGAAACGAAACUGGAUGUUGAAGCAUCUGCACGUUUUGCCGGCCGUCGUAGUUCUCUUUCAGGAUCUAGAAUGGAACGAUCCACAGUGGAGUGAUAAGCAAUUGCAGUGUGCUUCCAUCAUUCAGUCCCUGAAAAACUCACUUCAAGGACGUAACACGCGAUUAGCUGUGGUUUUGAUACAAAAAGGUGCUGCCAUACCUCACGGAGAUGAUUUGCUUGCUUCCGAAAGGGCGUCGCACCUGACUAGUACAUGUGACAUUAACGCGAAAAUGCUAUUUGUGCUUCCUCAUAACGAUCAUUUGAUGGGCCACAUCCUUAGGCUGCAAUCCGCCUUUCUAGAGCUCGCGCAAGCGUACUACACGCAAAUGAUGAAACAAAUUCGAUUGCACCGAGAGCAACUAACGGAUUCCCAUCAAAUACUUAAGAUCAGACACCAAUUUAAACUUGGCUUUAUUUCCGAAUUGAAAUUGGAUCAAUCGAAUGCCCUACGACAUUAUCGGCAAACCUAUGUCAAUCUGGAUGAAAUCCGAAUCGUUGACACCAACUGUCUCGAAGUAAAAACCAUUGCCGGUUUCGUUAACUACAAGAUUUGUCGGCUAUUUUUCAAACAGAACCACCCGAAAGAUUCGAUCUCCCACUUCAAGAACCACAUCGCCAAAUAUCGCAGCCGGACCGGUUUUAAGGAGCUCCUCUUCGAACACUACGCGUGGCUUAGUGUGCAGUACAGUGCCUUCGGUGAGCUAUUCUGUGACGCAGUCAAGAACGGACUGGCGCCGCUACAAACCCAACAUCCAGGUAUUUACUUUCAUAAGGCGGCCGAGUAUGUGGGCAAGCGUAAGGAAGCAUUUUUGCAGUGCUCCGCACUGGCACCCGCCAAUGAGACUCAGCUCAGCGGAGCUGGACAGACUUCCUCUACAAAUGCCAACUCAGUGCUGUACAGUGACUUUUUCGGUAUACGCGGCACAAAAACGGGCGAACCGGUUUCGGAGCAACAAGUAAUAUGUCUGGUACAGGAAAUAGAGAAAUCCCACAACCAUUCGGCAACCGUCAUAACCUUGCUGGGACAAGCUAUGGCUCAGUAUAAAGUGUACAAAUGCUUACGAUUCCGCAAGAAACUAGCAAUCGAUAUGGCCGAAGAGUAUCUAAAAAGUGGAGACCACUCGAAAGCUCUCACCCUUUAUUCGUUGAUGUUGUCCGACUAUCGGAUGGAUAAGUGGUUCACGAUAUUCACCGAGGUUCUGCUGAAAACUCUUCGGUCUGCGUAUCUUUCCGCCUCGGUACCGGAUUUUGUUACAUGUAGCAUUGAAGCACUGUCGCCGCGGAUCGCUAUGGAAAAAUCCGAUCGCAUCUUAGUAUUGGAAAACCUUUGGAAAGUAUUCCACAAUGUUUCCCCGGUUUCGAGCAGUCAAAUUUCACCGGAACUGUCGGCUAACUGGCAAACUGCACUAUCAUCAUUCAACAGUCCCAUAAAGCUUGAUCUCGAUCGAUUGAAUGACUUGCUAGAAUGCAAAAUUAGCUUUGAAAAGCGACAGAUACGAAAUGAUGAAAAAUUGCAUCUGCAAUUGUACGUCCGAUCCAUUGUAGAGGUUCCAUUGAAGUUGAAAAACUUUUCCGUUUUACUGUCAGAUCUGAAAUCUAGUUCUGUUCGAGUGCCGGCCUCUCAGUAUUGCGAAUAUGUUCCUGAGGGAUGUGAAUCCGUGCAGACAAAGCCAAUAGAAGAAUUCAUUCUGGAGCCGCACAAGUGCUACCGUAUAUUAUUCAGCGGGGAGCGGUAUCAAUUUAUGGAAAAUGCAAACGUGCACAUUUUUCGGUUGGAAGUACAAAUGGGAUCGGACCGCACAUAUGCCAUUCUUUCGCAGCGAGAAAAGCUAAACGUUCAACGAGUAUUCAAACACUACAAUCCGCAUCAGGACUGUAUGGAGAAGAUAUCGGUUAUUAGUUCGUGUUAUAUCAUACCAACGUUUCACCUUGGAUCACAGACUAAACAGAACAACCAACCAAUGUUAACAAAUGAGUUUUACAAAAUAACGACAAAAAUAAUGAACAAUUCCGAUCUUUGCCUGCAGAAUGUUGGAGUCAGUAUAAGUGUGCCUCAAAACCUACGGACUAAUGUAUUUUUAACGACUGAUCUAAGUCAUCCACUGCAAAAGAUUAAUUCCCACGUCCAGAUCGACAUUGGCGAACUGCAAAUGCAGUCAACGACAUCAAUUUCGUAUUAUGCAACUAGUCUGAUCGAGGGCAACAUCGAAUUGCGCCAGCGACUUUUCUACCAGACGGAAAACCUCCAUCAAACGAAACCGGUAACCACGGCCACCGUGGAUUCUCCUUCAACUCCGAACAGUGAAAAGGAAGACCUGGCCAAACUGAUCGCUAACGAGCGUAGCACUAUAAAGUACAACAACAAUCAUAAUGUUAAAAUCGAAUACCUAAAUGAGGAACAGGUGCGCAAGAUCAAAGAGGACACCAUUGUGGUGCCCUGCGUUGAAGAGAUCAAAUUGAGUGGGCGGUUCUAUGCAUUAAGCCGAGAGCCCCUUGGUAAGGCAUUCCGAAACGAAGAUUUUAUUUUAAGGAUAACCAUGGAUGUCAAAGCCCCGGACAGUGUGGAUAUUCUGGAGACGCAGUUCAUUAGUGAUCAUAACAUCCUAGAAAAGCCUUACAAAGGCAACCAGCGAAUCGUAGGAACAAAACUUACUCAAAAUAGCCGGUUUCAAGACCUGCGGAUACUGCAUCCCUUGAACUGCACCAAAGACUGGAUAAAGCAAAGCGAGUACUUGAAUAACGACGUCCGGCUUACGUUCAGUCGUAGUCAUACACCGGACCAAGUAAGCGGCGGAGGAACAACGUUGCCUCAGUCUCGCGUCGCCCUCUCGGACGAGCAGUUCAACCGAAGCUUGCUGGCAAAGCUUCCAACUAACGCAACCAUUAUCGGUAGCACCAAUGCCAAUCUAACAAAUCAGUUAAAUCUCCCACUAACCGCUGCUUCGUCCAAUUCUUCUACUAAUAAUGCUGCCCUUUCGGGAUCCUCACCGUUGCCCCAACCAGGAUUGAUGACUUCAUCUGCGGGAAGCGCAGAUGAUUUUAAAGUACGACCCCUACCGGUUGGCACUCCCAAUGCUAUUGGCGGUGCCGCCGGUGAUGAGCUACUGCGGGAUGAUUUUACCAAAGGACUAUCGAAGGUGAAAAACAUCUACAACCAAGCAAUCGAUUGCGUUCAGUUGACCAACAACGAAAGAAACGGGUUCAUUAAUGCUGGUCUAAGUACGCUACAGACCAGUGAGUCUGCGGCGGACAAAUCACUCAUUUUCGGUAUUUACUGCAUUCGAUGGUGCCGCAGUUGUUCACCGAACGUGAUCAAUGAGUCUAAGUUUGUUAUCAACGGGAUUGAGGUGAUAGAUCCAGCGCUUAAUUUGUACUGCUAUCUUGAGGAAAAGAUGUACGUUCGCAUACCGAUGACACUGCGAAUUACGCUAAAAAAUCCAACACGAAAAAUUCUACAUCUGCAAGCGCUGCUAAACAGCUCGGACAGUUUUAUGUUCUCCGGGCAUAAGCAGCUUAACGUGACGAUCUUCGCCUUUUCCACGUACGAUCUGCUAUUCAACCUGUAUCCUCUGAAAGCCGGUUGGCAACCACUACCGGAGCUACAACUGCUGUACGUCAACCACCCAGAUGUAGUGCCAGCAGGACCGACGGAUCUCACGUCGACCAGUGCUAGUCAGCAAUUGUCCGUAAUACCAACGGGGGGCAAAGGAACCCCAGUUCCGGCUAGUGUCCCCGUAGGUUCAAGCGAAUUCAGCAGCAAUACUCAACCAGGGGAAGCCGGUGAAAACCAGCUCAGCCAAGAGACCCGGGACGCUCAGCAGAAGGCAGAACUAGACUCACUAAUCAAACGGUGGAUGCCCAAAAUGGUUUUCAUUCAUCCGCCAACCCGCAAUUGAAUAAUGUAGGUGCAAAACCAAACUAUCGUCUAAUUUGUUGUAGAAGGUCCGAACAAACAAAUUUUAAUUGUCACAAUGGACAACGUUUUUUCGUGUAGCACUUCUGUGUAGAAUUUUCGCUUUAGUUCGUCCUUUCAAAUAGUAGACGACAACAUAAACUACCUAGACUUGAGUUAGUGAGUUGAAAGAGCAUUAAUCUGUAGAAACAUAAUUACAAUCCAAUUCAAAGUGGAUUGAAACUUCCUUGAUAGUAGCAAAAGUUAAGAAUCAACUACCUUGUUAUGUACAUAUUCUUGGUAGGCAUUAUAAAAUAUAAUAUAUCAUCAAUAACAAUGGGAAAGUCGAGGAAAUGUGAGCAGAGUAGCUAAGCAAAUUAUUAAAGAGCUGUGUAAAGAUUGUGAGAAAAGUUGGAAAUGUUUUAUUUAGUGUUGAAAUAUUGGGUAAAUUGGCAUUCACUUGCCACGGACAAAAGUUACAAUAAUAUUUAUUGAUUUCAACCAAAUUUGGGAAAAGUUCAGUCGGUUUACUCUAGAUAUCACGUUUCCAGUGAAGAAUACUCCUAGGUAUAAUAGUUAA